AGGAUUCGAGAUAUUCGAAUCGCCCAAAACAGGAAAAAAAAAAAAUCGAAAAUAAUUAAUAGUAAUAAAUAAAAAAAAAUAAAAGUAGAAUAAUAAGAUUCGGAAAAACCCUAGCGACAUUGUGUAUACCCAAAGCCAAAAUCGCCUCGAGAAUCGCGAGGAGCUUUCCCCAUUUCCCCGCUCUGCGAGAUCUCCUCUUCUCCCUCUUCAUCGCGCAGGUGCUAUUUGGAUGUCGGAGGAACUGAUCUAGUGAAGUAGUGAUAUUAUAUCUGAUAUCGCAAACAUGCAGAAUCAAAUUACUUGCAAUGGAUGUAGGAGUGUUCUUUUGUAUCCACGGGGAGCAAGUAAUGUGUGCUGCGCAGUAUGCAACACGAUAACCUCUAUUUCCCACUCAGGAACCGAGAUGGCUCAACUAGUAUGUGGAGGAUGCCGAACAUUACUGAUAUACACUCGUGGUGCAGAAAAUGUGAGAUGUUCACGCUGCAACUUGAUAAAUUCUUCAACAACAGCAGCAAGUCGGGUUGCUCAUGUGACUUGUGGCCGAUGCCGUAGAAUUUUGAUGUAUCCUUAUGGGGCUUCAACUGUAAAAUGUGCAGUGUGCCAUCAUAUUACAAAUGUUGGGAUGAAUAAUAAUUCAAGAUUGCCAUUACCUUCCUGGAGGCCUAAUGCAUCUACACCCUUGCCGACUCCUGUAAAUGUAGCUCCAAGCAAUUCUAUGCGCCAAACGGUGAUCGUAGAGAAUCCUAUGUCGGUUGAUGAAAAUGGGAAACUGGUAAGCAAUGUUGUAGUUGGUGUUACGACAAAGAAAACUUGAAGGAUUUUGCCGGUGCUAUGAUUUCCUUUGUAACUGUAAGUAACUGGUCUAUCUUGCUCCUCUUUUCUACUUUCCCGUUUUGGUUUGAAUGUUAGAAACAUUAUAGAUAAACCAAGAACAGAAAAAGCUUUCAAAUGUCUAUACGUAAAGUUGGAUUGCAAUAAAUUUCGAUUUUGGUAAAUUAA